GAGCGCGUGCGACCCGUGUCCCUGUGCGACACGUCCUGGGCGAGGAUGACGGGCCAGGACCUCCGUCAGCAGAACCUGGUGAGGACGCCCUCGCAGGCCAACAACCUCUCGACGACGGUGCCUCAGAGCCUGGUGGUGCAGAACCUGGGUGGGCGACACACGCCCACGCGCAGCUCCCUCAGGCACUCGCGGAUGAUCGUCCUCGCCAAGAACGGACAGAAGUUGCGCGACCGGCGGUGGCCGCCCAACAGCCUCGGGCGCGUGGGCGUGCUGGUGGUGACCGCGCAGAUCUUAGUGGGCGUGAUGGCGGUGACCCUCGCCGCGUGGUUCCUCAUGUGGGCGCCGUCGCUUAGCUUCAGGGAAGUUCCGCAUUACGCAGGCGUGCCGGUGUUCCUUGCGGGUGUAUUCGGCGCCAUCCUCAUCAGCUGUUUCCAGAGGCGGCGGCAGCGCUCUAUUGCCAACAUCAUUAAGGGCAUCUUGGUGGCUCUGUGCUGCAUCAGCAUAGUGACUUGCCUGAGCGUGUGCAUCUUUACCGCUCUCCACCUGGCUUACCUGGCUCCUAUGACGUGCCACACGCGCCACUCCACCAUCACGCAUCCGCCAUCGUCGGAGGACAUCCUAGAGUCGGUGAAGAACCGCGUCCUCCACAGCGACAUCGGGCUCCACGGCACCGCGACGACGAGCAGUCCGCCGCGGAAAGACGAGGCAGUCAUCCUUGGGUAUGACGACGACGAGGACGAGGCGGAAGGGAGCGGUCUGGUGAUGCGCGACCUGCAUACCCCCGACGACUAUGUGGACGAGCGCAUCCUCGAAUUUGAGACAGUCACCCUUCAGACUGUCACCGUCAAGAUAGAAAACGAGAUCGUGCUCAACGUUUCGUCGUGCGAAUGCGAGAGCCAGGGAGCGGACUGGGUGAGGACCUUGACCUAUCCCGAACUCUCCUGUCUCGAGGUUAACAAUCUUCUCCCAGUUCUGUUCGUGGCUUCGUGCGUGGUGACGGCCGUUGGAGCCGUGCUCUCGGCCCUGGUGUUGUAUCUUCUGUGGUCCUUCAGAAACAGCUUCUACGGCCCGGCCAAGCCCCACGAGACGCGCCCCUUCAUCUUCACCAGUAAUUUCAACAAGGGCAAGACGAAAGCGGCUUCGGUGUCGCGGGGCGGUGGCGUAACCAAUGGCGAGGGCAGCCUCAGGUGACACAGGCAGUGACAUAUGCCUCAUGUGACACAGCCUCAGGUGCCACAGACAGUAAAAUUUACCUCAUGUGACGCUGCCUGUCGCGAGGGAGAAAUACAGGUAUCAGAGACGGCAUGACGUGUGCCCUCUCCAACAAAGAUCUAUGUAGAUUUAGUUUCUCUUACAAAUGUGAUGGAUGAUUGACUGAUGCAGUAAGUGUCUGGCCCUGCUUUGUGAAGAGAAUCUAAUAAUGUUGAGUACAGAAAAAAAAAUUCAGAUAUAAAAAUAAUAAUAAUGAGCUUGAACUUAGAAAUUUAUAAAAAAUACAUUAUCAAGUAUGAAUAACAAACCACACACUCAAAAAAUACACGAAUAUAACGGCAAAGCUAUAUAUUUUUUUAAAUAUUUAAACUCUUGGAAUGGAUAAAGAUCGGGGAGCAUCGCCCGAAUGUGAUAUUCUCAUUUGCUGUGGAAAUCGACGAGCUGUUCACGAGGUCCGCAGACGCCGUCCAUACCUCGGAAUGAAUCUGAACCAGGAUACAUUUUCAUGAGAUAGCCCUCUUGUUGCAGGAUCAUUUGCACCCCCAGGCGCUGCCCCGGCCCGCGAGAAAGACUCAGCCUCUCCCUCAAGCAAAGCUUCAAGUGCGGCCUGUUUAGGAUGGAAACAUUGUGCCUUCUGUGACUUGCGCUCCGUCGCUACUGAAGUGUUGGAGUCACACUUUGAUUAGCAUCAUGUCGACUUCCAUGUAACACUCCGAUUAGCAUCAUACCUAUUUUUGUGUCACAGUGAUGUUGCCUAUUGUUGAGGUAGUGUCUAGCCAUUCUUGCAUUGUGUCAUAUUGACGCAACGCUGUUGGAGUGUGUUGCAGAGGUGAUUUACGGCUGUCAUUUGUCAUGUGCCUUAAGUUGCCACAGAAGUAUUGAUUAUUAUCGCUCACCUGGUUUAGUGUAAUGCUGAUUAAAAUAUAAGAAAUAUAUAUUAGAGAGAGACAUAACGGAAUUAGUAACUCAUAGUUCUGGUAAUAGUGAGUGAUUGGUAAUAGAAUCAUACAGAGCUGAUAAAUGUUGCCACGCAACCUAGUGUGAAUGGCAUUCUGACAUAGGAACACAAUUUAGAUUUAGUGCCAUGCAGUGCACACUCAUUAGUAUAGAUGGCACUGCUGUUGUGAUGCAGAAUUCGUAUGAGUAUCACCUACAAAACAAUUACAAAUGAAUUAGUUUAAACUUUGUCUGUGGCCUUAAAAUGUACCUUUUGUAAAUACCGACGUAGAUGUAACAGUUAAGAAGCAAUGAUUAUUUUAAGUAGAACCAAA